GUCGCUGGUCGUUCCGGCGCAAACAUAACCUUCGCUGGUUACGUCAGCGCCGAAAAUAUUGCCCCCGUUUUUGAAUAAAUUUGCGCGGCGCGAGUUUCGCAACGCGUCAGCGAUGGUGCAAUAGCCGGCGCGAUGUUUAAAAUAACGCGCCUGAGGCCGGUCCUGCGUCCCCAGGUUAGCCCGUACUCCGAGUACGGGCUGUACAAGUCUUUGAGCGAGAGCGCGCCGGUAGAAUGGUGCCAGAACCUGCUCGUGACUGUGCACGACGCGACGGGGCUCCCGUGGUGGGCGUCGAUAAUCGGCACCACCGUAAUGUUGCGCACCUGUCUCACGUUACCGCUGGCGGUGUACCAGAACCGCGUCCUCGCGCGUUUGGAAAACGCGACCCUCGAAAUGGGGCCGCUCGUCGACGAGCUGAAGAAAGAGACCGCGAUCGCCACCAAGGUGUACCAAUGGGACGAAAAAACCGCCCGGUACAUGUUUAACCGAUCCGUGAAAAAGCAGUGGACCAAGUUGAUCGAACGCGAUAACUGCCACCCGCUAAAAAGCACUCUGCUGGUAUGGGUCCAGAUUCCGAUGUGGGUAUCUCUGUCGGUGGGCCUCAGGAAUUUGGUGUACAUGCUGCCCUAUGGCGAUCCCCGUGCACAGGUAACUUUGCUCGAGCUGACGGUGGGCGGUUUCGGUUUUAUACCCAACUUAACGGUCGCCGACCAGUCCUGGAUCCUGCCCGUCACUUUGGGCCUGCUGAACUUGGCCAUCGUCGAGCUGCAGCUAUUGUCGAGAAAGAACGUGCCGAGCAAAGUGCAGACCGCCCUCAGUUACGUAUUUCGCGGGAUCAGCGUCCUAAUGGUGCCCGUUGCGGCUGCAGUGCCAUCCUGCCUCGUGCUGUUUUGGACCACGUCCAGCGCGUACGGUUUGGCACAGAAUUUGCUCCUAAUGUCGCCCAAGGUGAGGAGGUUGUGCCGCAUACCCAAGACCUCGAGCGAGGCACAAAAUCCCUACGACGACGCCCUCGACCGACUCAAAGCCAAAUUAAAAAUGUCCCAGUUGUCUAAAUAAAUCGUUUUUAGCUUCAAUAAAACAAUAAUUUACG